AUGCAGACUGCAGACUUUGAAACGCUGGGUUCUGAUGCGCAAUCACGGAGGAGCGACCGUUCCUGCGUGCGUGUGGGCAUGUUACUUAUGCUUGCCGGCAUAGCACAUGGGCCUGCGAGUCUCGAGUGCGCGCGAGGUUUCAUCCAUGGCCCACGGCCCGUCGCCAUGAUGCUGGUGACCCGGCCAAUCUUAGCUCGCACCCAUCGAGCAGGCCAGCAGAGGCUUACUGAGUACCGUACCCAUGCCCAUGACGGUGACGACCACCAUAGCAGCAGCAUGGCCCACGGCCCUCACCGCAACGCGCGCACCGCUGGACCAGACGGCGUCGAGGCAGCAGUCGCCAACGGCGGCCACGCCAAGUCGCGCCGCUACUGGCCAGCCCCGAAGGCCACGACGGCCGCUCCUCAGCCACCCAGCAACCCCCCGUCUAAAUAUACUUGCCCGGCCAUUCACCACUGCCCACUGCCCACUGCCCACUGCCCACUGCCCACUCCCCACUCGACCUCGCUCGCGUCCAGCGCAUGCGUCUCCCCUCCAGCACGCGUCUCUCCAGCACACGUCGCCCGCGCGCCAUGCACCGCCAGCGCAGAUGUGCCCACCCGCCUGCCGCUGCGUGUGCAUGUGCCUGGCUCGCAUUCAGUUCGCUUUUGCUCGUGCGUGGCCAACAAACCCUCGCUUCCUCACACUGGCGGUCCUUUUCUCGAGCCGCGUGGUGCUCAAGCGGGCCUGAAACUGUCGCUCCGUCUCAACUCGCCCGGCCCGUGCACCGCUCCCUCAUCUCGGCACCGCCUGCGCUGCCCUGCAGACUGCAGACGGACCUGCCAAGCCCCCUCCCACCAGAACAUGCUCGUCCUCCUCUGCCGCCGCUCCAUACUUACCCUCUCCUCGUGGCUUCGACGCGGCUGGCGCCCGGCCGGCGCCUGCGCUGCCUUCACGCGCGACAACACCUGUCCAACGGCCUUGGUCACUCGGCCAAGUCCCGUCUCGCCUGCUGGCCACCGCGCCUCUUCCGUCCGGUAA